AGAUCACACAACCGCCAUGGCACAGCAGCAGAAGAUUGAACUCCAGGACCUGGACUUGUCACAGCUCGUGGAAGUCAAGAAGCAGUUAGAAGAAGAACUCUCGCACUUGACGUCCUCGUUCAGUCAGUUGAAGCAAGCCCAAAAUCGCUUCGCGGACUGCAUCGAGAGCUGCAAAGCCGUCAAUGCUGCCAAUAACGACAAGACAAUCCUCGUUCCUCUCACAAGCUCGCUUUACGUCCCUGGAAAACUGGCGAAUGUCGAGAAGGUCGUUGUGGACAUUGGAACUGGAUAUUAUGUGGAGAAGACCACCGAGGAUGCUAUCAAAUUUUACAAUGGCAAGGUUGAUUUUGUAAAAGAGAACUUGGAGAAGAUCCAGGCAACCGUGGCAACAAAGCAAAACAACUUGAGAUCAUUGGUGGAUGUUAUGCAGUACAAGGUACAGAUGCAGCAGCAGGAGCAAAAGGCAGCAACAAAGGCAUAAGGAUCAAAAUAAAGAAUCGUCGGAAACGAAAUCAUAUGCGUUGCAUAUAUUUCAAUGGGAAGAAAGGAUAUAUUGACGACUACUUUGGACUGAAAGUGGUUCUGAGGGAUGUGCUUUCAGUGUAGCAAACAUCGAAAAUAUUCACAGGUGAUAGGAACGAUAAGAAAAACAUUUGUUCGGGACGAUCGGAUCAAACCAGAGCUGGAGUAUAUUGGCAUUAACAGACAGACGAGCAAAGCACUUUGAUUUUUAUGCCAACUGCUGUG